CACCCUCUCCUCGCCCUCCUCCCCCCCCUCCUCUCCCGCCGCAAGUUCUCCGACGCCAAGUCCCUCCUCCUCUCCUUCAUCUCCUCCGACCGCCGCCACUCCCUCCACUCCCUCCUCCUCCGCCUCCCUCCCUCCAAACCCCUCCUCGACACCGCCCUCGCCGCCUACGUCCAGGCCCGCCACCCCCACCUCGCCCUCCAACUCUUCCACAAAAUGAAACGCCACCGUUUCGCCCCCAACCUCCUCACCUGCAACACCCUCCUCAACGCCCUCGUCCACUCCUCCUCCUCCUCCUCCAUCACCCUCGCCUCCCACCUCUUCCACGACGCCCUCUCCCUCGGCGUCAAACCCAACACCAACACCUUCAACAUCCUUAUCUACGGUCACUGCUCCGGCAACAACUUCCACCACGCCCGAACCCUCAUCCACAAGAUGUCCCAUUUCUCAUGUUCCCCUGAUAACAUCACCUACAACACCCUUCUCGACGCCAUGUGCAAGAAGGGCCACUUGUCUCAGGUGCGGGAACUGCUUCAGGAAAUGAAGGGCACCGGCUUGUCCCCCAAUCGGAACACUUACAACAUCUUGGUUCAUGGCUAUUGCAGGUUGAAGUGGCUCAAGGAAGCUGCUCAGGUUAUUGAUUUGAUGACCAAGGAUGGCAUGUUGCCUGAUAUUUGGACUUAUAACACCAUGCUCAGAGGCUUCUGCGACGAGGGGAAGAUCGAGGACGCUCUUAGGCUUAGAGAUGAGAUGGAGAGUUUCAAGCUGACCCCGGAUGUUGUUACUUAUAAUACUUUGAUUCAUGGGUGUUUUGUGUUCCGGGGGAGUGACGAGGGGUUUAAGUUGGUUGAGGAGAUGAAGGUGAGGGGAGUUGAGAUGAAUGUUGUCACUCACAAUAUAAUGGUCAAGUGGUUUUGUAAGGAAGGGAGGAUCGAUGAGGCCAGUGGUGCUGUCGCGAGGAUGGUCGAGAGUGGAGUUUCUCCGGACCGUUUUACUUAUAAUACUAUGAUCAAUGCUUAUUGUAAAACAGGGAGGCUGGGGGAGGCCUAUAGGAUGAUGGAUGAGAUGACAAGGAAGGGAUUCAAACCGGAUGUUUUUACUCUUAACAUUGUAUUGCACACUUUGUGCAUGGAGAAGAAGCCUGAAGUGGCAUAUGAUUUGACUGUGAAGGCGGGCAAGCGGGGUUAUAUUCUUGACGAGGUAACCUAUGGAACUCUGAUCAUGGGGUACUUUAAGUGUGAGCAAGGAGACAGAGCUUUGAAGCUUUGGGAUGAGAUGAGGGAGAAAGGGAUUGCUCCUAGUGUUGUUACUUAUAACACUCUAAUUAGAGGGUUAUGCCUGUCUGGAAAAACUGACCAAUCAGUGGAUAAACUUAAUGAGCUUUUGGAGAAGGGUUUGGUCCCUGAUGGGGCUACUUGUAACAUAAUUAUUCACGGUUACUGCUGGGAGGGGAUGGUAGAUAAAGCAUUUGAGUUUCAUAACAAAAUGGUGGGGAACUCAUUCAAACCAGAUAUCUUUACCUGCAACAUUCUUCUUCGAGGACUCUGCAGAGAGGGCAUGCUGGAGAAAGCUUUUAAACUCUUUGAAACAUGGGUCUCUAAAGGGAAUCCCAUUGAUGUAGUUACAUACAACACAUUGAUAUCAUCUCUUUGCAAAGAAGGGAGACUCGAGGAAGCAUUUAAUCUUAUGACUGAAAUGGAGGGGAAAAAAUUGGAGCCUGACCAGUAUACUUAUAAUGCCAUUGUUAAUGCGCUUACUCAUGCCGGUAGGACUGACGAAGUAGAGAAAUUUACAUCGAAACUUUUAGAGACUGGGCAAGAUGUGAAAACCCAUGGCACUUCCCAAGAGCAUGAUGUUUCGGGUGAUAAUACAAACUCAGAGCAAAUAAGUGGUUUGUGUACUCGGGGGAAGUACAAGGAGGCAAUGAAACUAUUUCUGGAGUCAGAGCAGAAGGGAGUUAGUUUAAAUAAAUAUGCAUAUAUCAAGCUAAUGGAUGGGUUUUUGAAGAGGCGGAAAAGCAUAUCAAAAGUUGCCCAACCAAAUUGAAGCAAUAAAUUAGCUAUGACACUUGGUAUUUAUUUUGGCAUUCCGAUUCGGGAUGCUCAUAAUGCUGAAACAUGUUAUAGAGGUGCCGUUAUGAUGGAAUUUAAUGAUUUCGUCAGCAGGAAAUUGCUUUAAUAGAACGAUUCUCAAGCUGCAUUGGAUGAUCAGUGAACUCUUAAUAAUAGGUUUUUCCUGCGAUGUAUGGUGAAACAAGUUUGGGUGAGUUUGAUCUUGGGUAAACUUGACUGAUGAUUGAUAAAAGGGCAGUUCAUGAAACUGUCCUUAUUGACAAACAACUAAUCAUUUGAAGACUCCGUGUGUCGCUGAUUCAUGAUCUGACUAUCCAAGUGAUAAUGAUCACGUUAAUUGUUACAGCAUGAAAUCGAUCUAACAAUGACCAGGAUAAUAAAUGUAUGCUACAAGAGGAUUCUGAUAGGAGAAAGGGGACCCUGGAGGCUGGAGUGAUGUAAAUUUUGUUGUUAUUGUAAUAACAGUCUUGGUUGUAAGUUGCAACAAGUUAGCAAUGGGGUCAAAAAGAUAUUUGAAUGUAAAAGACAUGCAAGUUUUGUUAUUUUUCUACGUGCAGGCAAUGCUGUAUUGCACCUUUAAAGGCCUAGACUUCAAUUUGAUCCAGGCUAACGCGGUUAGUUGUCAAUUUUUCUGUAAGCUUUGGAUGGUGUAAUUCAUUCGUUAUCAAUUUAAGACGGUGUCGGCAUAUGAACAGAACGGAAUGGGACAACCUGUUCAGUUUAGAUCUUUUGGGUUUUUCCUUUUUAGUGGAACUCAAAUGUACCAAGUUUGUAAUCUUUUGCCUGGUUUUUUUUAAUUCGAUUUUGACAUGUUUAUCAAACAGUAUUUAAGCAUGAGACAUCCAAUGAUGGUUGCAUUGGAUUCGUAUCGCAAGUUCUUGUUUGAGCUCUAAACAAUUCAUCA